CAGGCUCGGGGUUCAGGAGGCGCAGGCACGGUACCGCCCCGCCACGCCCCGCUGCGCCCCUCCGGAGCGGAAGCGCCGCGGCAGGAACGCUGGCUUCGGGGCACCCAGCAGCGGACCGUCCGGCGCCCGGGACGUGCAGCCGGGACCCCCAAGCAGGAUGACUUUGGGAAUCUUUGCAAAUUGUAUAUUCUGCUUGAAAGUCAAAUACUUACCUCGUCAACAGAAGAAAAAGCUGCAAGCUGAUAUUAAAGAAAAUGGUGGAAAGUUUUCCUUUUUAUUAAAUCCUCAGUGCACACACGUAAUCUUAGACAAUGCUGACAUCGUCCUGAGUCGGUGUCAACUGAACUCCAUCCAAAAGAAUGAUGUCCAGAUUGCAAACCCAGAUUUCAUCUGGGACUCUGUCAAAGAGAGGAGACUAUUGGAUGUGAAGAAUUAUGAUCCCAAGUCACUGGCUAUAAUGCCACCGCCAAGUGGAAAGAGCUGUGCUGAGGUGGAAACAGAAGAUGUGUCUUUGGACAACACCCCAGAGAAUGAAAACACCCAAGUCACUCAGGUUUCUGCAGAGAAUGUUGAAAUUCCUCAUUUUCUUCAAGACUUUGAAGUUGUGAAAUAUAACAUCUUGGAAAAGGUGGGAGUGGACGGAGGCCCGGAGACUGUGGUGGUAGAGUUGCAGUGCUCCCGGGACCCAGGGGACUGUCCCUUUGUGAUAUCGGCACACUUCCUCCUGGCUGACAGCGCGCAGACUAGAAGAGAGAGGGCCGGAAAGCAAACCUCUGAAGGUGCCAGUGAAUAUUAUGAGCGUUACAUUGAGGACCUGAAGAGCCGAGGAUUUCUGCUCCAAGAACGCUUCCCGGCUGAAGCAGCACAGUUAGCAUCUGAAAAGCUGCAAGCGUUGCUUUUGGAGGAGGUCAUAAGUUCAGGCACUCUGAGCCAGGAGGUGAGCCGUUUGGUGGAGAUGGUCUGGGCAGAAGCUCUGGGACACCUGGAACACACACUUCUCAAGCCAGUGAACAGCAUAAGCCUGAAUGACGUGAGUAAAGCAGAGGGAAUUCUCCUUCUCGUAAAAUCAGCUCUGAAGAAUGGAGACACAGCAGAGCAGCUGCAAAAGGCGAUGGCCGAUUUCUACCGACUGAUUCCUCACAAGCACCCGGCAUCAGAAGAAAUUAACCUGAGGUUGUUAGCUCAGAAAGAGGACCUUUGUCAGCUAAUAAGAGACAUGGUGAAUGUUUGUGAAACUAACUUAUCCAAACCCAACCCGCCAUCUCUUGCCAAAUACCGAGCUUUGAGAUGCAAAAUUGAACAUGUUGAACAGAAUACUGAAGAAUUUUCCAGGGUUAGAAAAGAACUGUUGCAGAGUAAUCAUGGUGAAAGUCCAGUAGAUGUCUUGCAGAUAUUUAGAGUUGGCAGAGUGAAUGAAGCCACAGAGUUUUUAAGCAAACUGGGCAAUGUGCAGCCCUUAUUUCAUGGAUCUCGUGUACGGAACAUUCUUGGAAUCUUGUCCCGAGGGCUGCUUUUACCUAAAGUAGCCGAAGACCGCGGCGUGCAAAGAACAGAUGCUGGAAAUCUGGGGAGCGGGAUUUACUUCAGCGACUCACUCAGUACAAGCAUUAAGUACUCACACGCAGGAGAGAUGGAUGGUUCCAGACUCAUGGUUAUCUGUGACGUUGCCCUGGGGAAGUGUAUGGACGUAUUCAAGAAGGACUUUUCUUUAACUGAGGCACCACCGGGCUAUGACAGUGUGCACGGAGUUUCGGAAAUGGCGUCUCUCCCUACAGACUUUGAGGAUGACGAAUUUGUUGUUUAUAAAACUAAUCAAGUUAAAAUGAAAUACAUUGUUAAAUUUUGCAUUCCUGGAGAUCAAGUAAAGGACUUCCAUCCUCAUGAAAAUACUGAAUUAGAGGAACCCAGAGCUGAGCCUUCAAAUGUUUCAAAGGUUGAAGAUUUCCAGUUACCAGACAUCAAGCCCUUCAUCAACGUCAAAGCUGGCCUUCAGGACGCAUCUGCCAAUUCUGUCCCUCUUGAAAGUGUUCACAUCAAAGGAAGAAUAAUAGACUUUGUAGCCCAGGUCAUUGUUUUUCAGACAUACACAAAUCAAAGUCACGUGCCUAUUGAGGCCAAAUACAUCUUUCCUUUGGAUGACAAGGCAGCCGUGUGUGGCUUCGAGGCAUUCAUCAACGGGAAGCACAUAGUAGGGGAGAUAAAGGAGAAGGAAGAAGCCCAGCAGGAAUACAGAGAAGCUAUCAGCCAAGGCCACGGUGCUUACUUGAUGGACCAGGACACUCCGGAUGUUUUCACUGUUAGUGUUGGAAACUUACCCCCUCGGGCGAAGGUUCUCAUCAAAAUCACCUACAUCACGGAACUCAGCAUCCAAAGCCCUGUGGCCAUCUUCUUCCUGCCUGCCACUGUGGCGCCCUGGCAACAGGACAAGGCUUUGAAUGAGAACCUUCAGGAUACAGUGGAGAAGGUCUGUAUAAAGGAAAUAGGGACAAAGCAAAGCUUCUCCCUGGCUAUGUCCAUUGAGAUGCCCUACCACAUUGACUUCAUCUCCAGUGACACACACGAACUGAGACAAAAGAGUACGGACUGUAAAGCUGUGAUCAGCACUGUGGAGGGCAGCUCCCUAGACAAGAGUGGGUUUUCUCUCCACAUUGGUUUGCGUGAUGCCUAUCUCCCAAGAAUGUGGGUUGAAAAACAUCCAGAAAAAGAAAGUGAGGCUUGCAUGCUCGUCUUUCAACCAGAUCUUGCGGCCACCCUUCCUGGCCUCCGUGAAAAGAAUGAAGUGAUUAUUUGUCUUGACUGUUCAAGUUCCAUGGAGGGUGUGACAUUCGUGCAAGCCAAGCAAGUUGCCCUGUACGCUCUGUCUCUAGUGGGUAAAGAGCAAAAAGUGAAUGUUCUGCAGUUUGGCACAGGUUACAAGGAGCUAUUUUCAUAUCCUAAGUACAUUACAAGCAAUAAAAUGGCCACAGAGUUCAUUAUGUCCGCAGCACCUACCAUGGGGAACACAGACUUCUGGAAAAUUCUCCGCUACUUAAGUCUCUUGUACCCAUCCGAAGGGUUACGGAACAUUCUCCUCAUAUCUGAUGGGCACCUCCAGAGUGAGAGUCUGACACUGAAGAUUGUGAAAAGAAAUACCCAGCACACCAGACUGUUCACCUGUGCUGUUGGUUCUACAGCAAAUCAUCACAUCUUAAGGACCUUGUCUCAGUAUGGUGCUGGAGUAUUUGAAUAUUUUAACUCAAAAUCCAAACAGAGUUGGAAAAAACAGAUAGAAGCCCAAAUGACCAGGAUCCGGUCCCCGGGCUGCCACUCUGUCUCCGUCAAGUGGCAGCAGCUCAGCAGGGACGCCCCGGAGCCUCUGCAGGCUCCGGUCCAGGUGCCUUCCUUGUUUCAUAAUGACCGACUCCUUGUCUACGGAUUCAUUCCUCAUUGUACACAGGCAACUCUGUGUGCGUUCGUCCAAGAGAAGGAAUUUUGUACGAUGGUGUCAACUACCGAGCUUCAGAAGACGACUGGGACUAUGAUUCACAAGCUGGCAGCUCGGGCCCUGAUCAGAGAUUAUGAAGAUGGUAUUCUCCAUGACAAUGAAACCAAACAUGAGAUGAAGAAAAAAAGCAUGAAAUCUCUGAUUAUUGAACUCAGUAAAGAAAAUUCUCUGAUUACGCAAUUUACAAGCUUUGUGGCAGUUGAGAAAAGGGACGGUGAUGAGAUUCCUUUUGCUAAUGUCCCAAGUAUUUCGGAACUUGUUGCCAAAGAAGAUGUAGACUUUCUGCCAUAUGUGAGUUGGCAGGAAAAGCAGCCAGAGGCCGUCAUGGCACAGGCCGAAAUUGAGUAUUCAGGACCAAUGCAAGAUGAAAUCAUCAGUGGCAGCAGACUGUUACAGGUGCCUGAAAUAAUCAUGGAAUACCCUGCAGCUGGAGUUACAUCAGACAGUUUUUACUCAGCCAAGCCCUUCCCGGUCUCCUCUGAAGAGAAUGAGCAACAGCCACAGCUACAUUCUGAAGAGAAUGAGAAACAGCCACUGCUACAUUUAGCUAAAAAAUCUAAAAAAAAGCUAAAAAUAUGUCAUGUAGCACUUAAUGACUAUCCUGAAGACUUGACCCCAGAGCCACAGUCGCAUGCAACAGCAAGGUCUCCCAGGGUCCACUCGCAAUGGGAAGACGCGGAGCAGCCUUUGGAUGGGAAUCGCAUGGAGUCAAUGAAAAGACAGGGAUUUAAGAGACUGAUGGCAGCUCAGCCACGAAGAACGGUGCCUGCUUCUGUGGGCUUUUCUGCUCCUGUGCUCGUGGCUGGACGUCCCCCUCUCGCUGGUGGCCCCCAUCUUCCUCCCCGUCCCCUUCCUCCUCCCCCUCUCUAUGGUGGCAUCCCUCUCCCUCCCCCUCCCCCUCUCUUUGGUGGCAUCCCUCCCCCUCCCCCUCUCUCUGGUGGCCCCCAUCUUCCUCCCGCUCCCCCCUCUCUCUGGUGGCAUCCCUCUCCCUCCCCCUCCCCCUCUCCUUUUCGGCAGCCAUCUUCCUCCUCCCCCCAGAGAAUUUAUCCCACCUAUAUUUUGCUCACCAAGUUCAGCCAAAGCCUUAAGCCUGUCGGAGGUACCAGCAUCUUCCAGGCCUCAGGGUCUUCUCCGGGGCAGCUCUUCGCAGGCUUUGGCGGGGUCACUACUUUCUCACAUAGUGACUCUAGUUCAAAGGAUUUUGAUCUAGGGAAAGUUUCCCAAUCCCCUCUCAAAGCCCCAGAGUCGGAUUCCCAUCAUGGGUCACGUUUUCUCACCUCCUUCAGGUCGCCUCUUUGCAGUCCUCCUAAGGCUCUUUCUGCCCAUCCUCUUCCCACCAGUGUUCCCAGCUCUGAGCUAAGUCCCUGUUCACUUCAUCUUCAAAGUUUCUCAGUCCCUCGGAGCUCUAAUUACAGAAUUGCAGAUACCAGAAUGGAUUCACUGGAAUCAGUUCACCCAUCAGCUGAUUAUACCAGCGCUGCAUCGCCAGAUGCCAUUCUAGAAGAGGGUUUGCCUGUCUCAUCCGGUGGAAGUUCUUUCAAAGCUGAAAUGGGUGAAGCAAGAGGGUAUAGACCAUGCCACAGAAAGAUUUUAGGAAGGAUUGAGAAAUCUUCUGUGACAAGGGACACCUCCCCAGAGGAAGAUGAGGAAUGGGUAGUCGGUGAAGAAAGCUGUCCUGCACCGUGGACUUCACUCUUUGCUCUACAAACCGAGGAUGGUUUUUGGAAAUUGACACCAGAACUAGGACUUAUAUUAAAACUUAAUGUAAAUGUUCUACGCAAUUUUCUUGAAGAAAAAGGCAUUCGAUCUCUAGGUACAAAAGGAAGAGACUGUCUCCUGGACCUGAUUGCCACAUUGCUGGUACUGCAGUUUCUUCGUUCCAAGUUGGAACAAGAAGGAAUGGUUGCCAAAUCACUGAUAAAGAUGGAUGACACCUUCAUCUCCAGGAAUAUUCCGUGGGCUUCUGAGAACAUUAAGAAAGCAAGUGAAUGGGCCAGAAGAACAGACGGGCAGUACCCAUCCAUCUGCCAACGGCUCGAGCUGGGUAAAGACUGGGAGUCAGCCACAAAGCAACUACUGGGGAUUCAGCCCCAAGCCAACCGUUCUCUUCACCAGAUUCUACACUGCAAUCAAGGCUGAACCCAGUGAAACUGCAUUUUAAACAUUUCUCAUUGUAGCAUGAAUCUUAACAGUUCUUAUUAAUAAGAUCAAACCCGAUGCCAGUUAUUGGGGUCAAUGCUGGUAGAUCAGAGAGACAGAACAAGCCACAGCUAUCUCACCUUGCCAGUUCCUCAGCUGGUCCUGUUUCCUCAGACUGGAAGCCUCUGAGUCCUCAUCCAGCAUGAAUCUCAGCUGAACUGUGUUGCUCCAAAGCCUGAAAGCUUAACCAGCCAAAUGCCUCUAGUUUCUGGUCCUCACACCUCAUAUAUCUUUCUGCUUUCUACCACCACUCCCUGGGAUUAAAGGCAUGUGUCACCAUACUUGGCUGUUUCCAAUGUGGCCUUGAACUCACAGAGAUCCAGAGGGAUUUCUAUCUCUGGAAUGCUAGGAUUAAAGGCGUGAGUGCCACCAUUUUCUAGCCUCUGUAUCUAGUGGCUGUCUGUUCUCUGACCCCAGAUAAAUUUAUUAGGAUACACAAUAUUUUGGGGAACACAAUACCACAUCUCAUAUUUCUUUUUGUUGUUUUGUUUUUCAAGACACGUUUCUCUGUGUAGCCUGACUGUCCUGGAACUCCCUCUGUAGACCAGGCUGGCCUCAAACUCACAGAGAUUCUUCUGCCUCUGCCUCCCGAGUGCUGGGAUUAAAGGCAUGUGCUACUACCCCCUGGCUACCUUUCUCAUAUUUCUAUGUAGAAAAUAAUCAAAUAGUAAAAGAUACUGAUAAUGACAUGUAGUUGGUUUUUUUUUUUGUUGUUGUUGUUUUUGAGUGUAGCUAUCAGCCCCUUUAAAAUACAAUAAAUGGAAGCAGGAUUGAUGAAUCAUUUAACAAUAAAAAUUGUAACAUUA